AUGGGAGUGCUGUAUCGUGCGUCAAACGAGAAACUCGCCGAACAGCUUCGAAAUAUCUAUGAAUCCCCGAAAAACUCGAUAAAAAUGCCAGUUUUCACUGUCGAAUCCACAUUUUACAAUCGAUAUCUGCAAUUGGCAAUCGAGCAGACGCCUUCGCUCAACAGAAUUCAGGAACUGUACUUUUCAAUGGUUCCACGACUGGUUGGAGUGAAUAACUCGCUGACUUCGCUGGUUUUCCGCAAGAUUUCAGCGUCUUCUGAGAGGAAUUGGCCACUUUUGAGAAGAGCGAUUGUGGAUGGUAUCACUGCUGGACAAUUGAAUGGGGUGCUUGGCGAGGAGAUGAGAAAGCAGUUGAGUAAUGUGCAGUUACAUACACUUGGAACCAGCGAACGCGAGCAAUACACUGCCCUAGUCCAGAAAUUAGUGGCAGUUUGGAUUGAAUUUAGUCAAUUUACCGAGGAAAGAAUGAGGAGAUUGCAGCGAAAACUGUCGCCCAGUCAAAUUUCUGAAUGUGCGCUGCUCCUUACGAGAAUUGGAGAACAACAGAAGGCCUAUGAGCUCCUGGAGCUGCUGCUUGAUGAGAACGCGAGUAGUGGAGAGGAGGCGACAGUUUACCCGAAAGGACACGCGAGACCCUGGGCGAUGGCGGAGCUUUUUGAGGAUGCGCUCAGGAAGAAGGAUACGUAUGGCGCCGCGUUGUGUCUGGAGAUUUUGUCAUUGACGGCGAAUCGGGCUAAGUUGGAACCGCUUGUGAAUAGAAUGGUGGAGAAGUGUAAUGUGAAUCAGGAGCAGGCGAGGAUUCUUCAAGGAUUUGUGCGACUUCGUCCGCAAUAA